AUUAAGUUCUGUGAUAUACCGUUCAGCAAAGACAGUUCCUACAUAUGUAUUUUUAAAUUUGAUGUAUUAUAAAAAAUGGACUCUGGAGUGAAGAAAGCACGUAAACCAAACCCCCGAGAAAAUGCAUUUCCACUUUCAGCAGCUACAUUUUGUUACACAAUCCCAAUGUUCAUCCAAGGAUUCAAGCGAGACUUGGAAGAGUCUGAUCUCACAGAAACAUAUUCGAAGCACAAAUCUGACUAUCUGGGAAACAAAAUGGAGAGUUACUGGAAAGCUGAAGAGGAAAGAGCUUGUAGAAAGCAAAAGAAGCCUUCACUCCAAAGAGUGCUUAUCAAAGCGUUCGGAUGGGAGCUUAUGUUUUAUGGUAUUGUGCUUUUUUUGAGCGAAGCUAUAAGACUGCAACCUGUAAGAUAUGCUCUGGCUUCACAUGUCAACACCACAGGGCAUCAAAAAUAUAUGAUAGCCCAACCCAUAGUGUUGGGCCAGCUGAUCUCCUUCUACACACCUGGCCAGCAAGAAAUUACGCAGGAAGAGGCGUACUACUAUGCAGCAGGGGUUGUGCUUUGUUCUUUGAUGAAUAUUCUCAUCGCCCAUCCAUACAUGAUGGGCAUGCUGCACCUUGGAAUGAAAUUGAGAGUCGCCUGUUGUUCGCUGAUCUACAGAAAAUCUUUGAAGCUGAGCAAGACUGCGCUCAGAGACACUACCGCAGGACAGGUGGUGAAUUUGCUCUCGAAUGACGUAAACAGGUUCGACGUAGCUGUGCUAUUCGCCCAUCAAUUAUGGGUGGGACCAAUAGAAACCGUUGUGUGUACUUAUUUCAUGUACUUGCAAGUGGGCAUUGCCGCUGCAGUUGGAGUUUUAGCUUUGAUUAUGUUCAUCCCCAUACAGUUUUACUUUGGUAGGCAGAUUUCAAAAUUGAGAAUGAGAACUGCAUUGAGAACAGAUGAACGAGUCCGACUUAUGAACGAAAUUAUCUCUGGGAUUCAGGUGAUAAAAAUGUAUGCUUGGGAAAAGUCUUUCGCCAAACUGGUUCAUACAGCUAGAAGGUUAGAAAUCAACCUAAUAAGAAAAACAUCAUUUAUGCGUGGUGUCAUAUUGUCCUUCAUUAUGUUCAGCACAAGACUGUCCAUAUUCGUAAGCAUUCUAUACUACGUACUGUCAGGAAAUACGGAUAUUACCGCUGAAAAGGUGUUUGUAAUAACAUCUUUCUAUAACAUACUCCGUCAAACUAUGACCGUUUUCUUCCCGCAAGGAAUCUCGCAAGUUGCUGAAGCCAAAGUCUCGAUUAGAAGGCUGAAUCAGUUCAUGCUAUACGAUGAAACUCAAUUAGCAAAAGCUAUAAAGGCAAAGGACUUUCAUGAGAAGCAAAACGCAAAACCGGAAGAUAAAAAUGGAAAAGCUGGCGAGCAGUCCUAUGGAGGUGAUACUACUAAGGAGCCUUGCGUUGUCUUAACCAAUGCUACUGCCAAGUGGAGUGAUGGAUCAAUGGAUAAUACUCUGACUGAUUUAAAUUUGAAGGUCACUUCCGGUCAGCUACUAGCAGUUAUAGGGCCAGUAGGGAGCGGAAAGACAUCCUUGCUACACGUUAUCCUGCAGGAGUUGCCAUUAUUAGAAGGUUCUUUGGAAGUAUAUGGAAAAAUCAGUUACGCUUCUCAAGAACCAUGGCUUUUUGCAGGCACAGUCAGACAAAACAUCUUGUUUGGCCUACCAUUGGACAAAGCAAGGUACAAAACGGUAGUGAAAAAAUGCUCUUUGGAACGGGACUUCAAUCUCUUACCGUAUGGCGAUAAAACGAUAGUAGGAGAUCGAGGCGUAUCCUUGAGCGGAGGUCAAAGAGCUAGGAUUAAUUUGGCGAGAGCUGUGUACAAAGAAGCCGACAUAUAUCUCUUGGAUGAUCCUUUGUCAGCUGUCGAUACCCAUGUCGGAAGAGAACUGUUCGAAAACUGCAUAUCAGGUUAUCUGAAAGAGAAAAUAGUUAUACUAGUAACUCACCAGUUGCAGUAUCUUCACAAUUUGGAACACGUCCUGUAUCUGGAAAAUGGAUAUCCAAAGCAGGGGUCCUUUAGGGAGCUGAAAGAAAGCGGUUUGAAUUUCGCGAAAGUAACGGGCGAAGAAGUGGCGGAAGAGAAAACUGAUGAGCCUAUAGAAUUGAAAAAGCAAAAGUCGAUCGAAAGCGUCGAUUCUGACAAAAUGGAAACUCCAAGACCAGUAGAAGAGCAGAAAAGCACAGGUUCGGUUGGUGCUUACGUCUACAAAUCUUACUUCAGAGCAGGAGGCAAUUGCUGCAUCAUACUCAUUUUCUUUGUGCUAUUUAUUAGUGCCCAGUUGCUUGCCAGCGGGUCUGAUUAUUUCAUCACUUAUUGGGUGAAUUUGGAGCAAAAGGCCGGUGAAGCUCAACAAGCUUCUUUGAAUGCUUCCAUAGCUGAAGCCACGAAAUCAACGAACAACACCGAUGAAUUUAUGGCCAUCAAAGAUAACAAAAAUGUAUCUUUACCACCUUUAAAACAUCGCCAUCACGUAUCAGACAGAAAUGAUACGUCAAUCAGUCAUGACUUCUGGGACCUCUCCAGGGAAACCUGUAUCUACGUCUAUUCAGGUCUGAUAGGUCUUCUAAUAUUAAUGACCUUAGUCAGGUCGUUCACAUUCUUUACGAUUUGUAUGCGAGCUUCUAUGAGACUGCAUGAUAAAAUGUUCGAGAGUAUCACCAGGACCACAAUGAGGUUUUUCAACACCAACAGCGCUGGCAGAAUCCUGAAUAGAUUUUCAAAAGACAUGGGUUCCAUAGACGAGCUUCUUCCUGCCGCCAUGAUAGAUUGUUUGCAGAUAGGUCUUGCCCUGCUUGGUAUCAUUGUAGUGGUCGCUGUUGUAAGCCCAUGGUUGAUGGUCCCAACUUGCACUAUAGGGAUCAUUUUCUAUCUCAUGAGAAUAUUCUACUUGAGGACCAGUAGAAAUGUGAAGAGAUUAGAAGGAGUUACCAGAAGCCCCGUUUUUUCUCAUCUGAGUGCAUCCUUGCUUGGACUAACUACUAUAAGAGCAUUUGGUGCAGAAGAAGUACUGACCAAAGAGUUUGACAGCCAUCAAGACCUACACAGCUCUGCUUGGUUCGCCUUUAUAUCUACAUCUAGAGCUUUUGGAUACUGGUUGGAUAUUGUGUGCAUCAUAUACAUCACGCUGGUCACGUUUAGCUUUUUACUAAUUGGAAAUGAACGGUUCGGUGGCAAUGUAGGCUUGGCCAUAACUCAAGCCAUUGGCCUUACGGGGAUGUUCCAAUGGGGGAUGAGGCAAUCUACAGAAUUAGAAAAUCAAAUGACCUCCGUAGAGCGAGUCUUGGAAUACUCUUCAAUAGAGCACGAACCACCUCUAGAGUCCUCGCCGGAGAAAAAGCCACUAGAUAUGUGGCCAGAAGAUGGAAAGGUUGAGUUCCGUCACGUCUAUUUGCGCUACUUCCCCGACGAUCCUUAUGUGUUGAAAGACCUCAACUUUACGAUUCUUCCCAGGGAGAAAGUGGGAAUCGUGGGAAGAACGGGAGCUGGAAAGUCCUCCUUGAUCAACGCUCUAUUCCAACUGACUGAAACUAGUGGAGAAAUAUUGAUCGACGAGGUCAAUAUUUGCAACAUUGGGCUACAUGAUCUAAGGACCAAGAUCUCGAUAAUUCCUCAGGAACCUGUGCUUUUCUCAGGAACGAUGAGAAAAAAUUUGGAUCCCUUCGAUGAAUACUCAGAUGCUGACCUGUGGAAGGCCCUAGAAGAAGUAGAACUGAAAGAAGCAGUGGAUGACUUGGCAGCCGGUCUGAAUUCGAAGAUGUCAGAAGGCGGCUCAAACUUCAGUGUGGGUCAAAGGCAGCUGGUAUGUCUUGCCCGGGCCAUCCUUAGGAACAACAAAGUCCUGGUUCUGGACGAAGCCACAGCCAAUGUCGAUCCUCAAACCGAUGCUCUGAUUCAGCACACGAUUAGGAAAAAAUUCAAAAACUGCAGCGUCCUUACAAUCGCUCACAGGUUACAUACAAUAAUGGAUUCAGACAAGGUUUUAGUGAUGGAUGCUGGUACCAUGAAAGAAUUUGGACACCCAUACAUGCUGCUUCAGGAUCCUAAGGGAAUAUUUUUCGGAAUGGUUGAACAAACAGGGAGAGCUAUGGCGGACGCUCUUUUCAGAGUAGCUAAAAAUAGCUACGAAAAACUUAGCUUGGAACAGUAAAAAAUGCUAUAUUGCUGAAAAAAAACAGGCAGUUUUGAAACUAUUCGAGUUCUAGAGCAAAUACUACAAGAUGGCUUAUAAGAAAGUGCUUUUUCACAAAACAGACAAAGCUUGAAAGUGUCAACUAUAUUUAGUAAAAACCGUUACAAGAAAGUCUGCCAUUCAUUUUCAGAAUAUCAAGUCAUCCAUCCGCCGUCCGCCGUGAGCAAGAUAGUCUUCUAGUCUUGACGUAGGCACCUUUGUGUUUCGUGAAGUUUUGUCCUUAAAAUUUUGUCCAUUCUCAAUGCACCUGUGCACAAACGAAUUUGUAAAGUGAUGUGUUUUCCUGUGCAAACUCACGACAGAGCGACUUAAUCGUGGCUGACCAUAGGUAAGGGUCCUUGGUGGCGCGACCCUGCAUUGCCAAAUGAAGGUAAUUAAAAAAAGCGCGUUUUUAUGGGCCACGAUGUAUUUAGAAAGAUUUGGCAUCUAUAAUAUUAUCAAAGAUAUUCACUGUUUGAGAAGAUUCAUUUAUUUUCUUCAUACAUGCUAAAUUCACCUAAUUCUUCAAAACAAUGUUAAUAUUACGCUUGAAGAGGAAAAUUGAAAAACUGUUUUAAGUAUUAUCAAAUACUCAUUUUUACUGAUAGUUUAGGAGUAAUCACUUAGGUCACGAGUAUGUUAUAGGUCCUCUCAGUUUGAGUGCACACAAAAAAGAGUGAUCUUGAGUGAAGAGUAAUUACCUUGAGUUGAGGAAAUCCUGACUUUGAUAUGUUUCUAUGACAUAUUACUUUAACAGAACAUCUUCAUGUCCUAAGAUUCAAGGAUCCAGUGACCUUCAAUUUAAAGAAUUAGGCAUUUAAAAAAAGAAAUUUGCUGUCCUCACAUCAAGUGGCCGAUGUAUAUAAAUCGAGUAAGCAUCUCUCUUGUAUAACAAAACUAUGUACUAGAUUCAGGUGAAAGAUUCUCUCAUAUAAUGGAUUACUACUUUGAUUCAAGGAAAUCAAGUGUUCCUAUCGAGAGCUUAGAAAAUUGAUCCAAGGAAAUGAUGCUUACAUAUCAUGAGAUUCAUGUAGUUCAUUUACAGAACAGAGGAUUUUAUAUCAUGUUACCAAUGUAUUUGAUUUGAAAAGCAAGUAUCUCUCUUCAAGUAAAUGAUAUACUUAGAUUAUUAGUAUUCAGGUACUUCAUUUGAUAUGAUGGAUAUUUAGGAUGAAAUAUACAUGGUGUCUCAAAAUUUAGUGGACACAGAAGAAUUACUAUAGUUUAACCAGUUUAAAAUAAGUCGAUCCAGUUCAACUUAUCUAUAUCCUACGGCCUCGUUUGCCUGUGAGGAAGCUUUAUAGUUUCAAAACCUAGCGAAUUAUUCGUAAUGGCUGAAAAACACUUUGAUCGAUUUUAGUGUAGUAUGUAUAUACACUUUUAUACUCGUAUUAUUAAUAUUAUAAUAUAAUUAUAUGUUAAUUGUAUCAAUUAUAAAUAGCGUAUAUGUAAACAUAAACAUGAUGCUUGUUUGAUAUUUAGCCCAAUUGUCAAAUGAGGCUAAUUUAACCUUUUACGGAUCCGUAUUGCCAAAACUGUAUAAUAAAAAAAUGAAAAUAGGUUUUCACCUUCCCAACAGACGAACAAGGCAGGUUAGGAUAUAUAAUACAUAGGUACCUUCAGUUCAAUUGGCAUAUCUAUAGUAACCCGAUGUCCACGGAAGUUUUGAGCAUCAUGUACAGAACUGCAAAAAACAUUUCAAAGUCAAGUUGAAUUUCAACAACUUCAUGUGCGGUAGACAAAAAUAGUUAUUUCUCCAAUGUAAUUAUAGUAAGAGUGAAGAAAAAAUAAUGUUUGAGUUAGCUGAGCAGGUCAAUCUCUUUCUGGUUGUUUUAAUAAAAUGUAUCAUGUAUCAGAAAGUUAUUAUUACGAGUAAGACACCUAAAAGAGAAUAUUCGAUAACUUUUUACGCCAAGUUUUGACAAUUGAGGGAGUGGGGAGUUGGAAGAAAGUGAACAUAAUGAUUUUAUGUAUGUAACAUAUUUAUUUUCAUAUAAACAUCACAUUACAUUAAAUCAACGUCAAUCGUGCAACGCACGUAAUGGACUCACAUAAAUAUCCGGAAUAAUUUCGUCUGUAUGUAGAUUGAUCUUAUACACAUAUUUUUGUAUCAGAGUGUACAUAUGUAUAUAGGCUACGUUAUCGUCAGUAACAAUAUAAUUCGUUUCUAUGUUCGAUAGAUCUGAUCCUACCACUAUUAAAUAAGGCUGAACCGUGGCUUUUCUUUCUGCAGCCUCGCUUACUUUUUUAGCAACAAUAGUGUAAAUGUCACCGGGAACCUAUAAAACAAUAUUUCCAUAAUAUAAAAUAUCAUAAAUGUAAGUUUCGAAAUUAUUGCAUACUAUAGACAUAUUUUAUUUCAUAAAUUUUCAGAUCAGGUUUGAAAAAUCUAAAGAUGUAUUUUCAAUUUCUUUUCAAUGUCAACGAAAACGUGAUAAUUUUUAAAAUUGUUUGUAAUAUGCCCGUACUAAAAACUGUUCUAAACAUAAUCUCAGCUUAAGACGUACCAGCAUUCCCUCUGGGCCCUCUAGUGUCGAGAAUUUCAACCACUUGUGGCCAGCCUUGACUUUUUCAGUUGGUGGUAUCAAAUAAUUUAACAGCUUCAGCUGUGCAGGAAGUCUGCCAUCUUGAAAACUCGAAUUUGUUGAUAUGGUUGGAUAUAAUGAACCGAUUUGGAUGAGUGGUAAAACUAUGAAAUGAUUGUACCAAUUUGAAAGCUGAAUAUAUAUUAUUCAGAUAUUUAUAUUAACAAAAAAUGUACCUUACAUCGAAGAAGUUUCCUUUAACAACUGAGUCACUGUGUGAUCCCUUGAUCCCCCUCAGUUCAACAAUUUUUUCAAGUACAUUAUCCCAACUGAGGUAUAAGCUAAGAGCUUUGUCAGGAAAUAAUAGCUCAAAAUCCAGGUUAAUCUGCAAUAAAUAUGUUAGAUGUAACUUGUUAAAGUAAUGAAAAUUGGCAGAAGAUAGAAAGAAGAAAAUUAUAAUGAUAACAAUCUAGUCAGAGAUACCAGCAGAAUGAUCUGAUUAUUUUUCAAAAUGUGGGAUAUUUUUUACCAAAACUUCUCUCCGGAGAUAUUGAAGAAUACGCCAGUCUUGUAGAAAUUGUUUCACUGUUUUUCUAUCGCAAUCCCUUCUGAUCGCAUGGGUCUUCUUAAAUUUUUCCAUGUACCUCACUCCAUGUCUCUAUGUUGUUUUUUAAACCACAAAACCAUCUCAUUAAUUAGAGGAUCUGUAAAACAGUUUGAAAUGUGUUCUUUCUAGAUCGUAGUUCACAAUAUCACUAAAACUCUCUGACAUUCGUGCUCAGCUAUUUUAAAUGAAAGUUGCCAGCAGCUCUGAAACUAUAUAGAUACUGUUUUUCAGAAUAACUUUGGCAUGGAAGGACUACAGCAAAUUAUUUGAAAACCUGUACCUAUACUUAAAUAUAAAUUAUUGGAAAAACAGUGAUUUGAAGAAAAGAUGGUACAAGAACAUUUUGAGUAACUGCCGACUUUCAUUUGAAAUAAUCAAGAAAGGAAAAUUAGAAAAUCUGCGAAUUUCAUAGCCAUUCAUAUCUCAAUCGCUUUCUCAGACACCACAAAGUAUGUCCCAACCAUUUUUUGAGUUUUUCACGGGACAAUAAAAAAUUUAUAAAACCCGGAUCGAGCCACGUGGGAGAAUCGGUGACAUUGCGUUAUAAGUACGACCAUCACCGGCCUAUGUAAUGAAAGUCAUAAACUCAUAUGAUUACUUAACUUCGAACUCUUCAAUAAUAUCGUCUCCCGUUCCUCAUUUUUCUAAUAGAGUUUCAAUUCCGUCCAUGGUUGUGAACAAAACUGACACAAAACGAAAAAACACUAUAAAAUAUGCAAAGCAAAGUGAAGGCGGCCUUACAUUGAGGCAAGCAUAGGCAAUUAAGUUGACUGUAGCAUGCGAUCGUUUGGAACCUUGCUAAUCUGUAGGCAGCAUGCGAACCGGAGCAACCUCUGCAGCAACCUGUCACAGUUUGUUUCGAGCUGUCAUUGCAAACAGUUGCCGCGGCGGUUUAGUUAAUUUUAUCGAGAAGGAAGCAAAAGAGGCGAAGACGCAAGAUAUGGUGUAGAGAGUUGUUUCUGAAUAGUGAUGAGAAUAGAAACGACUUCUUCAACAAACUUAUGGCUGAUGACGGAAUUCUGUUCAAAAAUUUCACACGUAUAAAUAAACAGGAAUUUGAUUACCUCAUACAUCUGAUAUCUCCUCUGAUUUCUAAAUCUGAUACAAAUUUUCGAUGCUGUAUACCGGCAAAAAUUAAAUUGUAUUGCACUCUGAGAUUCUUGGCAACUGGUGACUCCUACCGUUCGCUCAUGUACCUUUUCAGAAUAUCAGACUCAACAAUUUCUCUUUUUAUUCCUGAGGUUUGUCAAGCCAUAAUUCAGGUUUUAAAGGAAUUUAUUCAGGUAAGUAAAUUUACACACAUGUAUGAAUUAUUUAUAAUAAUUUAUGAAAUAAGCGCAUUUAAAUAUGUUAGAGAUCUAGUAAAUCAUUAAUAUCAGGAAAUCGUGUUCCAUCAGCUGAAGAGACAUUCUUCUGUAUGUCUGUCGAUAUUGAUGCAUUCUCUUUACUGCCAUUAAGCGGCAAAUCACUUUAAAGAGGAACGACGUCUGUUGGUAAACAAGGUGAUUGUGCAGGAACUGGAGUCUAGUUAAAAGAACUUUGAGUGGAACUCGACGCAGACGUUAACGGGGGAGGACAGACUAGGUUUGAAAUAGCCGGUGGUUCAAAUCUUCCCAUAGCAGCAUCAAAUAAAAUAUUAUUUAUAUAAUUUUUUGUUAUCUGGUACGAGGUUGAACUCAGUUUUCGCAAUUCAUUUGCCACAUGCUGUCCGUAUAUGGAAAAGUCGUCGUGAUUUGAAGCUGUUUGCAGAAUUCUAUAGGCCUCAUCUGCUCUUCGGUCGUCUUCAUCUCGACGUGUAGCCUCUGACAUUUGGAUUUUUUGCUUUGGGGAGCGGACUUUGUGAGAUGAUGUUUUACAGGUGCUUUCAUACAGUGGUUUAAAAAAUUAAAGCAGAUUUUCAUAAUUUACGCGGCAAGAAGUGCAACAUUUAAAAAUUAUCUAAAACAGAGCAAUAAAGUAUUUUAGCACUAGUACAAAAAGCGACACAUUUAAAACAAAAAAUGAUUAAAUAAAAUGUCACUUUUAACACGAUGUUAUUUUUUUUUUUAGAUGCCAAGCACAGAAAACGGAUGGAAAGAAAUUAGCAGAGAUUUUGACCUAAUGUGGAAUUUUCCCCACUGCAUUGGAUGUGUAGAUGGUUAACACGUCGUUAUUAAGAACCCUGAUAAUGAA